GAGGGCUUUCUUCUGAAACCAUCGCAGUGAAUUGCAGUGCGAUCUCGCACACAGCUGCAGCUAUAUAUCAUGACAUGCUCGGAUCCGAAAACGCUGCGUUACGUUCAUUCUGUCAAUCUAGUCUGAGCCUAGCACAAGAAUUAGUAGUAGUGCUCCUCUUGUUUCGUCAUCGAGAACUUUUGACGUGUAUGACAGGCGAAUUAACUUGAAUUCGGGUCAAGUCAGACUAGUGUGAUGAUGCAGGCUAGAAAAGGGCCAGUCAACUCUCCUCCUCUCCCACGGACAUUACAUGGUCAAGUGUGUCGACUGCUUAGGGUUUAUGAGGGUGGAUCAUCAUCGAGAUAUCUGUCUAUGCCCGAAAAACUCCAGAAGCGCAAAUUGUGCGUUUACCUCCAAUUUGAGUUUCAUGCAAGCCCGUUGGAGUUACCUGAGUAACUGAGUUCCCAUAAUCAGCAUAAAUACUGUUCGCGAUAAUCAAGUAUGAGCGCUUGAGCUUUGAUUAUCACCAGCCGCCUUUUGGCGUAACUGUUAAGGGAGAACAGUCUUACAUUUCAUCGGCUCAGC